GUGCUUGGAAAGCUGCCGGUCAUGCAGCACUCUCUCUUCGGGUCGAUUCUUUCAUGGGAUGGCCCGAUGCCCCCGCCGCGGAGUGAGGUCGAGGAAGACGACGCGCAUUUAGGCCACGCGCACACGCACGCGGGACUUCGGGGGGGUGCGGGCCAACGUGAGGUGGGGUGUGGCGACUGCUGUGGGAUCCCUGUGCCCUCUGUGUUCGGGGCGGUGGCCGCAGAGAAGGGCAAGAUGUCAGUUCCGUUCGACUGCGUUCCGAUUUGA